UCUACUUCUAAGUGCAAAUCUAAUAAAAAAUUUUUUACAGAGGAUUGGUUGUCAAAGUAACUCUCUUUGGUAGAAUACUUACCCAAUUGAAUGCCAUACUUGCAAAUCCGGGUGAUCGUCGUCCCAUCCUGGUCAUUACAUCAACGUAUGUCACUCCUAUCAAAGGAGAGAACACCUUCACCUCAACUGGGGCGACCUUGGUGCUGGCGAAUCCGAGAAUUCCAGAAGUCAUCAAUUUUGUGCCUAGUGACGGCGAUGCACCAAUUCCUCCAGUCAAUGGAAGAAAUAUUACUAAACAAAUAAUCCCAUCCAUAUCACUAGAUGAGCUCAAUCAAUUGAAGAUGAAAGAUGGAGAGGAGGGAAAUAUGUAUUCCGUCAAAUGCAAAGUUAUCACGGUUAAGAAUGGGUGGUGCUAUGCUGGAUGUGGAACCUGUCCACAAAAACUUGAAGAAGAAUCAGAUGAGUACUUCUGUGGGACCUGUAUGACAACGUUAAAGACCACAACAUCAAGAUUCAGGAUACAACUUCGAGCCGCGGACAAAACAACUCAAGCAGACUUUGUUGUUCUGGAUCGAGAGGGUGCUCGAUUUUUUGGAAUAUCUGCUGAGAAACUAUUCCAAGACAACGAUCGAAUGAGAGGACCACCACCUGCUCAACUACUACAAAUCGAGGGAAUGACACUGAAAUUCGACAUCAAGCUCACUGAUUAUAACAUCGCAAACCCAACAAGUGAGUACACAAUUUGGAAGAUAGGGCUGGAGGAUGAUAACAAUAACUCAAACGAUCACCCCGAAUCAAUUGAGGAGAUCGAAAAUGGCAUUGGCAAUGAUGCGGUGGCUAGAAUCGGUGUAACAAAUGAUGAUGCUCUUGAGAAGAAUGUGGAGUCUCCUGAUAUUGAACCAAAACAGAGGACUAAUGGAGAAGAAGACUUCAAUACCGGUGGAGAUGAUGAUGUUGCUAAUGACAAAGGAAAUGCAAACAAGCUAAAAAGAAAACAUGGAGUGAUAGUCUCUGACAAUGAGGAACAAAUAGAAUGAUUAGCGAAAGCAAAUUAGGAGUCGGUCCCCUGGCAUAGGGUUUCUAUAUUCUUUUUUCGGAAAACAAUUUUACUCAAUGAGUCGGUUAGUAUAUUUUUUCGGAAAACAAUUUUACUCAAUGAGUCG